GGACUCAAGGCAGAGCUGCUCCAGCAAAUUGUGCAGUUCUUUGAUGGCCAACCAGAACUCAAGAGAAACCAGCGGUACAAGGGUUUAUUUAAUGCCCCCUGUUCUCGCAGGCAACAUGUUGAAACCGGCAAUAACACUACUGAGUCAGUACUGCAAGACACACCGAGUCAUCAAAAUUCGAUGCACGCACCAUUUGGCAGCUAUCAACCGCAGCCUAUCCCUCAACCCUCGAUGUCACACAUGGAUCUUCCCCCACCCAGCAGGUAUGCGCCCCCAUAUUAUCCCAUGCACCAUUCGGCACCUCCACCUAUUCUCCACUUUGCGCCAGCAGCUGGUAGUAGAGCGGAUUUUCAAGUUGGUGCUGAGGUACAAAUGUAUGAUGUUGCACAUGGUCAACCUUAUUCAGGACCCUAUCACCAGUACACUCACAAUAAUUACAUGAAUCAUGAUACUUGA